AUGACAAGUGUCGAGCAGAAAUCGCAGUUCUCUGAUCGCCGCCGGAGGAAGUGGGCCCCCAAGCUCAAGUCCGGGUGUAUGACCUGCAAAGUUCGCAGAGUCAAAUGCGAUGAAGAAAAGCCUCACUGUCGGCGAUGCAUCUCGACAGGUCGGAAAUGUGACGGAUAUGCUCAUCCACCUUUUGCGGUAGAGGUUCUCAAAUCAUGUCACAAUGAUGAUUCCUGUCGACAGCGACUCGUUAAGUGCGAUAUCAUCGGUCCUGGAAGUUCAUCUCAUUUAUUUGAGAGUCACCCUUUGGACGAAGUAACAAUCCCAUAUACGCAUCUUUCAGAAAGAACUGACGGAUUUCCAAUACUUUCUGGACGAAAUUUCCCCCUGACAUACCCCUUGGCCGAAUCGUGGAAUACCCAUUUCAUGCCAUUCGUCAUCAGUAAUUUCAGGCUCUCAUUUAAAAUGGCCAAAAGCAUCUACAAUACCUUCCCCGAUGUUCUUUCCAAAGCGGAGGAGAAGUCUGCUCUAUAUCAGGCAUGUAAUGCCGUCGCAUACGCUUAUGUGGCCAACAUUACCCGGACUUCGAAGGCAACCUCGGAUCGAGCCAAAGCAUACGGAUUUGCGCUUAUGGCCCUCCGUUCAGCUGUCCAGGAUUCUCAGCUAUACAAAAACGACAAUACAUUAUUAGCCAUAUGGCUGCUAGGACUAUAUGAGCUCCUCUUAGGCGCACAAAAUGGCACGGACCCAGUCACGACUCCUGGAUGGCACAUCCACAACCAGGUACUGUCAGAGUUGAUUCGACUGCGUGGGUCGGAGCAGUUUACGACCCGGAAAGGGCGGAAUCUUUUUAUCAUAAUCUUUAACAACGUAGCAACCCAAGCACUCAUGUCUGGCCAAGAGUGCAAAGAGGCAUCGACAUGGUUUCUUCUGUUCCAUAAAUAUUGCGAACCAUCAGAAUAUGCAAUGCUCCGGGCAUGUAUUUUCUCGCACCACUCUGCCAGCAUCUGCAGCCGGGCUCGUGCGCUAGUUGAUACAGGGGACCUCGACGAGGUGCUGUCCAGCUCUCCGGCCAUCCUCCAAGACAUGGAUGAAGUGGAGCAAGCAACCGAUCCAUUAUCCCACGAGGCGGUGGCAAGCUAUGUGGUAGAUCCCCCAAUGGCGCCGUACGCUCGGCCGAAAUACGCAUACCCUUGUUAUGUAGGUGUGCAGGUACUCCAAAGCAACUUCCGUAUGCGCCUCUCAUACGCAGUCUUGGAAUUCUUAGGCUAUGCGUGUAAGGCGCCGGGUUGUACGCCUCAACAGCGAAUGAUUUUUAAGCGAUACCAGCGUCGCUGUGUCGAGGAGAUCGAAGCUCUUGUGGAUAAAGUCUCACGUAUACUGGAUGUGUUGCCUGAUGAGGGCUCUGAUGAGCUCCUUGAUCAGAGUAAAGGCGUAGUGGCUGAACUGGAUGACAAAGAUUCCCACACUGGAGGGUCACCAGACACCGAACAAGCUCCAUUCAAAGAACCACACGACCGAUCCACCCCAGCUGUGAGGGCUUACCUUGACUUUCAACAGCCAAUAGAUGGGAAAUCCACUCUACUAUUUAAGCACUCUGACUGUGGAGUGUCCGUUCUCCGGUUUGGGUUCGGAGAGACAAACAAACUAGAGGCAGGCUAG